UGGUUAUUUGUCAAAGGAUACGCGGACAAGACCCACUUACUACAGGAUGUCCAGAGGAGGCUCUACGGGCCCAUCUGGCGCUCCAGGUUUGGCCCGUUCGACAUCGUCAACGUGGCGAGCCCGGAGCUCAUAGCUCAGGUGACCCAGCAGGAGGGCCGCUACCCGGUCCGGGCAGAACUGCCCCACUGGCAGGAGUACCUGGACCUGAGGGGACGGGCCUACGGGCUGCAUGUGAGCCCGGGACCUGAUUGGUACCGGAUCCGGAGCGUGCUGAACCCCAAGAUGCUGAAGCUGCAGGAAGUGCCGGCCUACGCCCCCGUCAUCAACCAGGUGGUGGGAGACCUGCUGCGUCGCGUGGAGCUCCUCCGCAGUCGCAGCCAGGACCGGGCCACUGUCUCAGACAUGGCUGCUGAGCUCUACAAGUUCGGCUUUGAAGCCAUCUCCUCCAUCCUGUUUGAGACGCGGCUGGGCUGCCUGCAGGAGGAGAUUCCCGGAGACACGCUGCGCUUCAUCGCCGCCGUCAACACCAUGCUGACGACGUCAGACACGGUGCUCCUCCUCCCCCGCUGGAGCCGCCGCGUCCUGCCCGUCUGGAGGCGCUUCGUCCAGGCCUGGGACGAUCUCUACGACGUAGCCCAGACCCUCAUUGACCGGAGGAUUGCUGAAAUGGAGGCUCAGGUGUGCCGCGGCGAGCCGGUUGAGGGCAUGUUCCUGGCCUACCUGCUGUCCUCUGACACGCUGAGCAGAGCCGAGGUCAACAUCAGCGUCACCGAGCUGCUGCUGGGCGGCGUGGACACGACCUCGAACACCCUGUCUUGGGCCUUGUACCGCCUAGCGAGGGACCGCAGGGCUCAGGACCGCCUGUCCACAGAGGUGAACUCCGUGUGUCGGGACAGACGAGAGCCGACCACAGACGACCUGAGCAGGAUGCCCUACCUGAAGGCCGUCAUAAAGGAGACGUUACGCCUUUAUCCUGUGGUGCCUGGAAACGGACGCUUGUCCUCUGAGAACGAGCUGGUUCUCGGUAACUACCGAUUCCCGAAGAGGACUCAGUUCCAUCUGUGUCAUUACUCCGCCGGUCACGAUGAAGCGGAGUUUGCAGACGCGGAGGUCUUCGUCCCGGAGAGGUGGCUCCGGUCCGAGGCGCCCGGCAGCGUCUGUGGCGGAGCGGCGUCCAACUCCUACCAGCACCACCCAUACAGCUCCAUCCCCUUCGGUGUCGGGGUGCGAGCCUGUGUGGGGAGAAGGGUGGCAGAGAUGGAGAUGUACUUGGCUCUGUCCCGGCUGAUGCAGCACUACGAGGUCCAGCCUGAACCUGGUUCCCCGGUCGUGGAGCCUAAAACUCGAACCCUGCUCAUCCCGGCCAAACCCAUCGCCCUGCGCUUCCUGCCCAGAGCCUGAGGGGGGCGACACCGAGGGUCACCCUCAGGUGGUC